UUUUUUAUUUUAUUUUAUACAUAUACUAUAUAUAAAAGUCGAAUCAUUACUUGGCGAUUGAACUUUCUUCGUCAUAAAGCUUCGUUACAGAAAGAUGACAACUUACCUUCGACUUAUACAGCCUUACUAGUACCUAUCUUGUGUUUCCGUGGCUUCUUCUAGGGCCACGUGGAUCUCAAAGCCUCAUUACGCUAAUAAUCUAAGCUCACACAGCAAUUGAACAUACGUACAUAUCAUUAAUUUCCACCAAGGACGGUUCGUUCCCUGCCGGAAGGGACAAGUACGCCAGUGAUUGGUUUUCUUGUGCCGACAACACUCAUAGCUGGGAUGUAGGUCUGAAGGCUCAGCCCCCCAAUCAAGGACGUCUUCCAAACGAAAACAAAAAACAAAUCCUUUUGGUGGGUUUGAUUUAGUACCUCCUUAAUGUGGGAGGUUAUUCUUGUGCUGUGGCGAACAGCCGAAGGAUGCAAUAUGAGACAGAUCUGACUAGCGGGAAGAAUGUUGUACAAUUAGAGAAUUAGUCCCUCUCGACACCAGUUCCGAAUACCUAUAAUGGAUGGUUUACUUCACAAUUGAGCCUAUGUUAGUACCGUUUAUAUGUCUUCUUCCUCAUUGCCUAACGUUGGUCCGCGGUACCUAGCACCCAAGGUAAACGCUUGCAAUCGUACCAGGUUUGCUCAGCAAUAUGAAGAAAUAUAAGGGGUUCAUCGUCGUCUUUUCGCUGGCUAGUCCGAUUACCGAUGGGCUCGCAGUAACUAGCGAGUUCCAGACGUGUUAUACGACCAAAGGGGAGGUAUCUUUAGAUACCUUCAGAUGUGACAAUCGCACAACAGGUCACUCGAGUUGUUGUAUGGCAGGGGAGGUCUGUUGGUCCAAUGGAGUUUGUCAUGGCAAGACUCGAGGUAUUGAAGAUUGGUUACGGGAGAGUUGUACUGACCACUCCUGGCGCGACACAGCCUGUUUCGAUGUAUUGGCGAUAGAUCUAGGUGAAUAUGCAGCGGGGGUCAGGCCUUGUGGCGGUAUCGACAAAAGCAACCUAUAUUGCUGCGAUGACGGAUCGACUGGUAUUGGAUCAUUCGCCUGUUGCAAUAACGAGAGCCAGACAUUCCACUAUAAUAACAUAACGACUUUGCCCACGAUCAUCGCCACAAUACCCCUUGAUGACGUGGCGUCUACAUCAUCUUCGAUAGUCGGGUCGACGAGUCCUGAAUCAACGUCGACCCAACCUACAAUCACCAAUAUAGCUUCGGCGGGAAGUGGGAACUCUGGCAGCUCAUCUAACUCUACUGCAGUAGGUGUUGGCCUUGGAGUGGGUUUACCAGCAGCAGCAGCCAUCUUCGCAGGAGUUGGGUUCAUGAUCUGGCGCACCAGACGAAAGCAACCUAGUUCGGAACACAGCCCGCAGCAUGAUGUCUCGAGCUAUCUAGAAGCCUUCCAAGAUGGUACACCAAGACCGCAUGGUGUGAUCAAAGCCCAAGAGUUGCCAUCAGACCGCAGUGCUAGAGAACUUCCUGCUUAGGUAUGCGGAUGGAUAGACGGAGUUUAGCGAGUGGUACUCCAAGCUCCGAGGUUUGUCAAAUCCGAGGAAGUAACCUGAUUUAGGUAUUCGAGGGAGCUAAGAGUAUCGUUGGAAAUAUGUUUCCUGAAUAUAUUUAGUGUAUAUAAGUCGUGAGACGCGUCUCGGGUGAAUGCUAUAGGACAGGUUCGAUGCCCCAGUGGCCGCAUACAAGUUGUGUUCGUAUUGGUUGUGGAAGGUAACGGAGAAAUGUUAAGAUCAUCGAAAUGAGUUUUGAUGUGAUUGAAGAUGACGAAUAUCGACCAUGGUCAAAAAGAAGGCACAACCCGACAAGGCCUCAUAAUAUCCUAGGUACAUGACUUUGUAG